UUAACGUGAGAAACUGGUAAAUCGAGACCAAUGAUGCGAGUUCCGCAUCCUCCAGAUCACGGCCUGUUUCAAUUCCUCAGAGCAGCUGUUCAGGUCCAUCAACGCUUCGUUUCUGGCGCAUUAUCGCGUGCAGAGUCUCCCAUCUACGUCAUUGGGAACCCCUCCGCGGACCUCGACUCGAUCGUUUCUGCGCUGGUCUACUCAUAUUUCGCAAAUAAUCGUGUCCCGUGUGACAACCCCCGGCCUCAUGUACCGGUGAUAAACCUCGAGAAGGUUCCUGCUGGCCCCGAACUCCGUCGGCUGCGUCCCGAAUUUGCCAAAGCGUUAUGGCUUUCUGGUUGUCCGGGGACAGGGCGAGAUACUACAGAGAAGACGCUGGAGGUUGACGAGAAUUCCCUUUUCCGAGACCAUUUCCUUACUGUAGCCGACUUUGCCACACAUCUGAAGCAGGAAGGAGUGAGUGGGGUGGAACACCGAUUACACGCAGACUCGGUUCUUGUAGAUUGGAAUGCGUUGCCGAUACGGUCGACGGACCGCCAACCAGGCCAUGGAUCGCUGGUCGGCCUGUCGAUGGUGGAAUUUAAUGUACUCGGUUGUAUCGAUCAUCACACGGAUGAAAGGUUUCUUCCCACCAUCGCCCCAACACAGCCUUAUCUUGUGGAGCCAACAGGGUCAUGUACUUCGCACGUGGUAAAUAUACUGGAGACAAUGGGUCUUUGGGAAAGGCCCGAGAAGCAAGAUUCCGAUCCAAAGGGUGGAGAGCUCAGCAGCUCAUUUGAAAUUACCGACGAGCAAAUGGCCAGGCUUGCGGUGGCCCCUAUUUUAAUCGACACCGCAAACCUUUCAGCGAAAGACAAGGUGACCGAAUUUGACACCGCGGCUUAUGAUUUUCUCCUUCCGAAAACAAACCAGUCGCUGGCUCGUUCUUCUUGGGACCCUAAUACGUUUUAUAUGCAAGUCAACGAAUCAAAGCAGAACAGUCUCGAACUGCUGACUGUGGAUGAGAUCUUGGACCGGGAUUAUAAGGAAUGGGCCGAAAAGACCUCCCAGCAAACCGAUACACCCUCCCCUAUACAGAUCGGCAUUUGUUCUAUGGUCAAAUCGAUACCGUGGAUUGUCCGAAAGGCAGGCGGCCCUAAGCCGUUUCUCCAGUCCUUGCAGACAUUUGCGACCAAUCGAAAACUAGACAUCGUGGUCGUGAUGACUGCGUUUAGCUCCGCAAAGGAUGGCCAAUUUUCUCGCGAGCUUCUUGUUUGCGCUUUGAACAAUCAACAUGCAGUUGAUGCAUUGCAGACUUUUCUCUCCGAGGCCGGCUCUCGGCUCGGUCUGGAGGAAUGGUCUUCACUCGAUGGAGAUGAUUUUGCCCAAGACAUCAAGGAUACAUGGGUUAAUUCUGCAGAAGAUUCUCCGUGGAUUCGGAUCUGGACGCAGACAAAUGUGGCCCAAAGUAGAAAACAAGUAGCGCCCUUGAUUAGAGGAGCCGUUGCUUCACUUUGAAUUUAGCAGCUAAAAUACACCAACCAGAUCCGCAAAACGAACGACUCCAGUCAACUGCGCUCUCGUUCUUCCCUCUUGUUCAUUCCACAGGCACCACAUAAUUACGAUCACAAAAGAGCACUGAGUUCUCAAUUGGCAGCAAUCUUUGAUCCAUUUGUAGACUCAAAGACUGUUUGACGGAUAAAGCUGAAACUGUUAUAAAGGACGCAAAUGUUCAAAGGCAAAGAACUAUUUUAGGACUCCAACAAUGAACCAUUAUUUAUAUUCAGCUAAGGGUCCUUCCUUAUUCUCGAGAGAACAAUUGAAAGAAUCAGCUCAUCUAAUGCUGCAUCUCUUUGUUUAGGGCAUGCCUCUGCGCUAGUGCUCUAUCACAUAAAGAAACCAAAAUGUGAGGAGGUUUUCCCUCGAGGCCCAUUUGAUUCAAUUGAGAUGCAUGUGUUAUGCUGAAUAGCUAGAGAAUGAAUAAUAU